UUCAUAAUAGCAACACAAAACCAAUUUGAGAAAACAUGGGGUCUCAAAUGGCCUCUAUUGCUCUCACUAUUGCAUUGACAAUACUCUCUCUCACCUUGCCAUCUCACGCAAACAAUUACAUCUAUUCUUCUCCACCACCACCGCCUAAGCCUUACUAUUACCAUUCUCCACCACUACCAGUGCACUCACCUCCUCCACCUUAUCAUUACAGUUCACCACCACCACCACCACCAGAGAAGCCAUACAAAUAUCCUUCUCCUCCUCCACCAGUUUACAAGUACAAGUCACCACCUCCACCGGUGUACAACUCACCUCCUCCACCAUAUAAGUAUUCAUCUCCACCACCUCCUCCUCACAUAUAUCCAUCAUCACCACCACCAGUCUACAAGUACAACUCACCUCCUCCUCCUUACAAAUAUAUAUCUCCUCCUCCAACACCUGGAAAGCCAUUCAAGUUUCCACCUCCACCUUCACCGAUUUAUAAAUAUAAGUCUCCUCCUCCACCUGUUUACUCACCACCACCAAUUUAUAAAUACAAAUCUCCUCCUCCACCUGUCUACUCACCACCGCCAAUUUACAAAUACAAAUCUCCUCCUCCACCUGUCUACUCACCACCGCCAAUUUAUAAAUACAAAUCUCCUCCUCCACCUGUUUACUCACCACCACCAAUUUACAAAUACAAAUCUCCUCCUCCACCUAACUACUCACCACCUCCGAUUUACAAAUACAAAUCUCCUCCGCCACCUGUAUACUCACCACCACCACCAGUUUACAAAUAUAAAUCUCCUCCUCCACCGAUUUACUCACCACCUCCACCACACUAUGUCUACUCUUCACCUCCUCCACCAGUAUAUUCCCCUCCUCCACCACAUUACAUCUAUGCAUCACCUCCCCCACCUUACCACUACUAGAUAGUGGCUUACAGUAGAUUCCUUGGAUUUUAGGUCUAUAUUGGAAAUAAGCAGGAAGAUGCAUUGGAAAUAAAUAAUACAAGGAAGAAAACAACGGAAGCAAAGUUUGUUUAAAGAAAAAGCCACUCCUUUUAUCUCAUGUGUUUUGUUAUUCUCAUUGUUAGUGUGUUUGGUUUUUGAACUUAGACAGUUCUAAGGCAUGUGUGUAAUGUAUUUUGCAAGUUACUCUUUUGAAGGGGUCACCAAAAUAAAAAUAAAUACUAUGUUAUACUAUUCUAUUC